ACCGAAAACAGGAACUCUCUGCGGAUUCUAUUCCCGUUUCACGCGCUGAUUCCGCUCUUCAGGAACUACAGAAAGGCGCGUCACUUUGCGACAGUCGUCGCCGACGUACGGCAACGUAAAGUGCGGCAGAUAAGAUGGAAAACUACACCAAAGCGCGAACGGUGGAGCAGCCAUCUGUCUGUCCGUUCCCUGACCUCGCCCCGGACACGCCGGAGAUCCGCGUCAAGGACGGCAGCAAGAUCCGCAACCUGCUGCGCUUCGCCCUGAGCCGCAUGGAGGCCAAACCUCCAGCAGCCGAAGAGACGGGACAACCUGCGCCCGAGGAGGUGGGCGUGGCUGUGGCGGGACAACAGGAACCCGCGAGCCCCCCGCUCUGCAAACAGGUCGUCUUCACCGCCAGCGGUAAAGGCGUCUCCAAGGCUAUCACCUGUGCUGAGAUCGUGAAGCGGCGUGUGAAGGGGCUGCACCAGCUCACCAGGCUGCUGCACAGCUCUGUGGUGGAGGAGUGGGAGCCACUGGAGCCCGACGCCGGCCUCGACGGCCUCACCGUCAACAGGAAGCUGCCCGCCAUCUGGAUCCUCCUCUCUGUCGAGCCGCUUGACGCCAGAGAACCCGGGUACCAGGCGCCGGGUAGAUACGACGCCCUGUGGGCUCAGUCGUCCAGCAGAGAGGAGAGUGGAGGCGUCACAGGACAGAGGCCAGGACACCGGAGGAAGAGAGGAGGAGGAGGAGGAGAAGGAGGGAGAGGGAGAGGAAGAGGAAAAGGCCCCGGGCGUCAGGGAAGCCGGAGCAGAGACAAAUGAGCUAAUUCAGAUUCUUUAUAAACUGUGUGUGACCAUGAAGAAGUUAGUUUAUUGAUAUUAUUAUUAUGGUUGAACAAUUCAUUGUUUUGUAAAUCCAAAGCAGUUAUAAAUCGCAUAAAGGCUGCGAUUUAUUCAUUCAUUUUUAUAUAUAUGUCAGUUAAAAUGCAAUGCUUUAAUUGUCAUCCUUACAUUAGAGUUCAUAUUUCUGAUGGUGUCUGAAUUAGUCGGGAACUCGUUUGGUCCACAAACCAAAAACAUUCAGUUUGAGUGAGUUUGACUGUUCAGCUGAACAUUGGACUGCCUUCUCAUGCAGUUGAUAAACCACCACGUUAUGUGGUAAGUUUGUAUCACUGCGGUCAAUCCAGAUCUGCAACUAACGAUUUCGUUCAUAAUGGAUUCAUCUGUUGAUUAUUUUCUUUAUGAAUUGAUUAGUUUGGUCCAUAAAAUGUUUGCCCAAACUAAUGAUGUUUCUCAAAUGUCUUGUUUUUGUCCACAAACACAGAAUGAUUCAGUUUGAAUGAUUUAUUUGUUUUAUGGAGCAAAGAAACCUGGAAAUGUUCUUUUUAAUUGCUUUUCAACUGACAACACCAGAGCUGCAACAAUUACUACACUAUUUUUAUUAUAGAUUAAGAGGUUUGAGUGUUUUUUAAUAAUUAAAACCAGUUUCUGUGAUUUUUCAGCGUCUUAAAUGUGAAUAUUUUCUGGUUUCUUUGCUCCUUAAAACAAAGAAAUCAUUAAAUCUGAAUCAUUUCCACUGAUCAACAUUUUUUGGACCAAAUAAGUACUGGAUUAUGAAAAUAAUUGUUACUUGUUGAUUUUGAUCUAUUGACUAAAAGUGAAUAGAUUUGAAAAGCUGAAAAAGUUUUAUCAAUUUUUAAUUUAAAUUAUGUUUUUUUUAAUGUAUUUUUAGUUUGUAAAUGUGGGUGAAAUUGAUUUAAAUUAACUUAUACCAUUUAUUUUGUCAUUUGGACUUAAAUGUAGUAAAAUUGAGGAAAACUACAGUAUGUAUCACAGUUUGUUGUGAUGUUAGCAUCGAUGCUGUUGCGUGUUUUCAGUGUCUGUUAAUUUAAUAUAGGGUGUCCUAAAUUAUGGUGCAUUCACCGUUGAAUUGCGUCUAUUUUAUUUCUUAUUUUACACACUUAAGUAAUGUUUUAUAGCUUUGUAGCUUCAAUAAAAUACUUAUUUUAUGAA